UUCCUCCACUCUGUUGGUUCUACUCUGGGUCUGGGCCGGUCCCCAUGUCUUACUCUGGGACUUCUGCAGCCUUUGGAUUGUGAAGACUGCAGAACAAGAGUUGGAAUCCAGUUACACAAGUAUAAUAAAGAAAUAUCGGUCUUCAUGGAAGAAGAACAAGAUUUACCAGAGCAACCAAGGAAGGUGAAAAAAGCCAAGAUGCAGGAACCAGGAGAACAAACUUUAAGUCAAGUAAGCAGCCCAGAUGUCAGUGAUCAGAAACCUGAAACAUCAAGUCUUGCUUCAAACCUUACCAUGUCAGAGGAAAUUAUGACAUGCACCGAUUACAUCCCUCGCUCAUCCAAUGAUUAUACCUCACAAAUGUAUUCUGCAAAACCUUAUGCACAUAUCCUCUCAGUUCCUGUUUCGGAAACUGCUUACCCUGGGCAAACUCAGUACCAGACACUACAGCAGCCUCAACCCUAUGCUGUCUACCCUCAGGCAACACAAACAUAUGGACUACCUCCUUUUGGUGCAUUGUGGCCAGGUAUGAAACCCGAAAGUGGUUUAAUUCAGACUCCAUCUCCAAGUCAACACAGUGUUCUUACCUGCACUACAGGGUUAACCACAAGCCAGCCCAGCCCAGCACAUUAUUCUUACCCCAUUCAAGCUUCAAGCACAAAUGCCAGCCUGAUCUCCACUUCCUCCACAAUUGCCAAUAUUCCAGCAGCAGCAGUCGCCAGCAUCUCAAACCAGGACUAUCCCACCUAUACUAUUCUUGGUCAGAAUCAAUACCAGGCCUGCUACCCCAGCUCCAGCUUUGGAGUCACCGGCCAGACUAAUAGUGAUGCUGACAAUUCCACACUAGCAGCUACCACCUACCAGGCAGAGAAGCCUAGUGUCAUGGUACCUGCACCAGCAACACAGAGACUCUCUGGAGACCCUUCUACAAGCCCAUCCUUGUCCCAGACUAUACCAAGUAAGGAUGCUGAUGAUCAGUCCAGGAAAACCAUGACUGGCAAGAACCGGGGCAAGAGGAAGGCUGAUGCCAGUUCUUCCCAGGACAGUGAAUUGGAACGGGUAUUUCUGUGGGACUUGGAUGAAACUAUCAUCAUCUUCCACUCCCUUCUUACUGGAUCCUAUGCCCAGAAGUAUGGAAAGGACCCAACAGUAGUGAUUGGCUCAGGUUUAACAAUGGAAGAAAUGAUUUUUGAAGUGGCUGAUACACAUCUAUUUUUCAAUGACUUAGAGGAAUGUGACCAGGUACAUGUGGAAGAUGUGGCUUCAGAUGACAAUGGCCAAGAUUUGAGCAACUAUAGUUUCUCAACAGAUGGUUUCAGUGGUUCUGGCGGUGGCGGUAGCCAUGGCUCUUCGGUGGGUGUCCAGGGCGGUGUGGACUGGAUGAGGAAACUGGCUUUCCGUUACCGGAAAGUGAGAGAGAUCUACGAUAAGCAUAAGAGCAAUGUGGGUGGCCUCCUCAGUCCCCAGAGAAAAGAAGCACUGCAGAGAUUAAGAGCAGAAAUUGAAGUUUUAACAGAUUCUUGGCUAGGAACUGCAUUAAAAUCCUUACUUCUGAUCCAAUCCAGAAAGAAUUGUGUGAAUGUUCUGAUCACCACCACCCAACUGGUUCCAGCCCUGGCCAAGGUUCUCCUUUAUGGACUAGGAGAAAUAUUUCCUAUUGAAAACAUCUAUAGUGCUACCAAAAUUGGUAAAGAGAGCUGCUUUGAAAGAAUUGUGUCAAGGUUUGGAAAGAAAGUCACAUAUGUGGUGAUUGGAGAUGGACGGGAUGAAGAAAUUGCAGCCAAGCAGCACAACAUGCCUUUCUGGAGGAUCACAAACCACGGCGACUUAGUGUCCCUUCACCAGGCUUUGGAGCUUGAUUUUCUUUAAGAACUGGAAAUGAAGAGCCUUCCUUGUAAGCUCCUUUCUACUCCUGAAGGGAGCCAGAGGCCAAAACCAACUGGGAACUUGGAACAUUCUCCCCUGCCCUUUCCUUUCUCCUUCCCCUCUCUCUCACCCACCCCUUCCCCGUGUCUUUCUCUCCGUGGAAUGCUGGCGAGAACACAAUCAGAACCAACAGCUAUAAUUUUUGCUAAGAGUGAACUGCAGCUCGGUGUUCAUCCUUGUACAGAUGCAGGAAACAUUUGGAUAGAGACAACAGUAGACUACAGUGCUUUUAAUUCUUCUAUUUUGUUUCCAAAAAAUGAAGAAAAAGAAAAGGAAAUUCUUGGGGCAGAGUUGGACUCAAGUCUAUGGCCAGCCUCUUCACCAAUGGUGAUAGGAGAAAUCAGCAGUUUUAUAAAAACAUCUCCUAUCUCCUGAAGUCUAAGACCUCCUUACCUGUAGCGCUUCUUUCCACGCAGUGUGUGUUAUAAUAGGUAAAGGGUCUGGCCUCUGAAGUUUUCCUCACUUUUCUUUUUCUAGCAAGAAAGGGACAUAGAAAGUCUCUGUGGAAAUAGUAAAUGAAAUAUUGGAAAUACCUCUCUGUGGCCAUAGCAUCUCCUUGGCUGCUCCAGUGGUCCGCUCUCUCAAAUGUUCCUUUCUGCCUGUGGGGCACUGGACACUGCUGAACUUCAGACUUUGGCAGUUCCCAUCCUAGAAGCCUUAGUCCCCUUGCCAGUCCCUCUUCCCCAUAACCCAACAGCACACCCUGGAAACUCCUUCCUUUCAAUUCAGAGCCUUCAGCGUGACUCUUCAUUCGGAGACUGUGUGCCAGGGGGCUUCACCUCCAAACUGGAAAGAAGGGACUUAGGCUUCUUAGGAAUUUCAGGGUCUUUGGCUCUUGAGUCAGGAAGAUUCCACCUCUUCCUCCUACAGAGAAGCACCCUUCCCCACCAGAAGCUCACCCUGCAGCCUCCUCUGUCCUAGCAGAUGCUGCCCUCUGACCUCACAUCCCUCUCCAUGCAGCUCUGACCACUCCCUGCCCCUGGACUCAAGGAGUCAAAUAAAGUCUAAAAACAGGCUUCUCAUGACUUCCUUUCAGGAAGCCCUUCAGCCACAGUCAGGGUAUCCCAGGCAUCCGUUCACCCAGAUCUCUGCCUGGAAGAGUGCAAACUGCUCUGAUCAAAACCCAGUUUCCCAUGGAACACCUCACUCCUCAAAUCCCAUUCUGAAAUGGGAAAUCAGAAGAUCAGAAAGACUUCCUUAACUAAAUGAGGGUGCUGGCUCCCUCUAUGCCCCCUGGGAAGUGGGCAGAGGCCUGGGCCCUAGUCCCAGCCUUCUAGUCUAGCCCUGUGUGCUGGCUGCUGCCUCCAGGACCAACCUGAGCACCUGCUCAGGUAAGAUAAAGCUGCCCAAGCUGAGGAGCUGCAGCACAGACAGGCUGCUGUGUACACACCUCGGAGAUGCAGCCGUGGUCCUCGGUGAGGACGAGCUCUUUGACCGACCCCAGCUGACUGCUUAUCCCCAGAGAGGUGGCUGCACUGGGUAGCCAGGUCACCCAGACAGCAACAGGCUGGCACAGACAUUCCUUUCAGAGCUGACGGGAGAGUGCUUCACGACUUACAGUUUAACAGGGAAGUUUUGGGAGAGGAACUGCAUCACUGGGUCACCUCUUCAGCUGCGUUUCCAAGUGAGGUGAGGGAAGGGGAGUCUGAGGCAGACCCACCUGGACUGCAGCACAGCUGCCCCAGUGCUGCCCUGCCUUGCCCGAGGGUCCAUCUUAGCUCUUUCACGCCUCAGACUGGCCCCCUGUUCCCAUUACCACCAUUUCUUGCCCUGCACAAAGCCACCUGUCGGUGCUGGGCUCCGGGCUUGUGGGGCUGCACGGUGGUACCCCGCACACAUGCACGUCGUGCACACAGCAGGCGGCUCAUUAGUAUAUGACUUGGACUCCUGUUCAGCGGCCUUUUUCCCUUUAGUCCUGACUUCUCAGCUUAGCUCUUUUCAAAAGGGACUUGAACUUUGGCCAGGAGAGGCGAGGAGGCUCUCUAAGCAGAGCAGCCUGUGCACCAUUCCAGCAGCUGCCACCCCCAUUCAGAGGGCAGACAGAGCAGGGUGUCCUGGCUGUCAGAGGGCAGUCAGGGAAUGCUACCUUUCUCCUCACUCCUCCUCCCUGGCGCAGGUGGCACCAAGAGCUGUUGCACUGUGGGUCUUUUCAGCAAGAGGUGGCUCCCUUUACUGGAAUGAGAGCCCGUGAGAUUGGCCCAGUGAGUCCUUCCUCAACCCUAUACUCUCUCUGGUUGUCCCAGCUGUGACCUGGAUGUCUCGGCCAGGGCUGUCUGUAGUGGCUCUAGAGGUAUCAUGUGGAUAAGUGGAUAAGUGGUGGCUUGACUUUCGAAUGUAAAAUUGUGCCUUAGCAUCACUCUUCUGUACCCUGGGGCAGCUGGUGGUGGCCAGGAGAAUGAGCACCUCCUGUGUAGGCUUUUGAUGGCGGGGUGGGGGCGGUCCUGUCUUCUGCUCUGCAAAUUGGGAGGCAAAACUAGUGUCCCAAGAGACUCUUGCCACAGUGUGUUCGCAGUUUACACGAACAGCUUCACAGCACCCAGGUAGAAUCUCCUUGGCAAGCUGCAGCUGUAGGGCAUGGAGCUGGAACACUCACUACCUUGAGUGGGAGUCAGUGCCACUGAACUGACCGAGCAGAGCACAGUGGCUUCCUCUUGUGGGAGAGCCGUGGUCUAGACCAGGGAGAGGGAGCUGGGCUUCCUCUUGCUCUCCACUCCCCCACGGGUGCACCGUCAGGCCCUCUCUUGAGCACUCUAACACCUUAACCAUGAGAGGGAAGACCUGCUUGUGUCUCAGGCCCACCAGUGUGCUGUCCUCCCCGUCCCCUGCUCUGCACCAGCUCCAGCAAGCGGGGUUUCUUAGCGAGUUCCUAAUGCACUGACGGAGCCACCCCAGGAAGGACGACGUCUCCCAAUGUGACUCCCUCUGGACUUCAGAUGCCUCUGUUGGUAGGAAAAGGCAUUGAUUGGGUUUGGAUAUAUUUAUGUGACUGCGGGCAUUCGUGGCUGUAGAAUCCUUGACCAUAAUGUUAUAUGUAAUGGGAACUAUCUUAUAAACUUGAAAAAAAUAAAAUUUUUAUUUUCUAUACAGUUUUUUCCUGUUGUCUUUUCCGAAUAGGUCAGCCCGGUUGCCCAACCUAUGUAGAGUCCUAAUCAGAGCUUCAAGUGUAUUGUGAAGAGAUUUUUAGAAAGAUGUUACCCUUUCAAUAACUGGGUCAUUAACUUCAAAAAGUAAAAGCUAACCAUCUGGUAUAAAUAAAUAUAUAUGGGAAAAUGAAAGAAAUGUUUAUUUAACUUAUGAGGAAGCAUUUAUUUCUGAAUUGUUUUCUAAGAGACAUUGCUUUUUAAGGUUUAGAACUGGAAUAAGAGAUUUCAUUUGCUGUCAAAUGUGCUGAACUUUAAUAUUAGAG